GGUCUCAGGGAGAGACAGAGGAGGGAGCAGCUGUUUGGUGCAUGAACGAGGAGGCUGAGACAGAAUGUUUGGUGGUGUCGGGAGAUGACUAGAUGGUGUUGAAGUGUGAGCUGCAGCUCUAGCUUCGGAUUGCAGAGUCUCUGAGAGGAGAGCACCUUGUCCUGAUCAUCUGACAGCAGGCGGCUCCUCCCCGCUCCUCCCCGCUCCUCCAGCUCCUCCAGCUCCUCCAGCCUGCUCCGCAAAGCAAAGCAGCGGCUCCGGCACAACUCAGCCCGCGUCUCUCUACAGCGGCUCGUCUGCGUGAUCCGGAGACGGAGUCGAGUUCUCCGCUUUGAAUAAACAAGGACUCCGUGCUCCCCCACCUCCUCCACCUCCUCCUCCACCUCCUCCUCCGGUGUCUGCUUUCAAAUGAAUCAGUGAUGAGAGUGGCCGAGAGGAGAGACGGACGCUUUUCUUCUUCUAUGUGGACCGGCAGUGCGCAAAAGUGCGCUCCGUGGUUCAGCAGCAUCCUCCUCCUCAUCCUCCUCAUCCUCCUCCGCUCCUGAGAUCAACCCGAACCCGAGAGGCGCGCUGAGAUCCUCCCCGAACCCCCCGUGCGAGAUGUGCUGUGGACUGCCGAUGAUUUCUCCUUCUCCUCCGGUUCAUAUUCAAUGGCAGACAAAGACUGCACUUCUUCUUACUGCUCUUGUUAUCGCUGAGCUCAGAGAGACAGAUCUGGUCCACGGCUAAACCAUUGUCUCCUUUUUAUUGCUUCCGUCUCGUCGCCAAUCAAAUUCACACCAUCACCAUGGCUUGUUUCCUGGCGUCCGCCUUCCUGCUGGUUCUGCAGACGUACGCUGCCCCUCCUGAGUUCGUCCAGACGGGAUUUGACAUCACACUGGACCCCGUGGACCUCGAUCCUGGAGCCAACGUCUCUGGAGAUGCAUCUACAGCUCCACCCCCAGGGACUAGCAAAAGAGCCCCGCAUAGCAUCAUUAUCGGGGUCCGUAAGGGGGGAACCAGAGCUCUGUUGGAGAUGCUGGACAUCCACCCUGAGGUUGCUGCUGCUGCCACCGAGGUGCACUUCUUCGACUGGGAUGAGAACUACGGCAAGGGUUUUGAGUGGUACCGGGACCUGAUGCCGUACUCGUACCCGCACCAGAUCACGGUGGAGAAAACUCCGGGUUACUUCACAUCCGCCCUCGCACCUGAACGCAUCUGCGCCAUGAACUCGUCCAUAAAGCUGCUGCUGAUCUUGCGGGACCCGGCCGAGCGGGUCAUCUCCGACUACACCCAGGUGUACUUCAACCGGCUGGAGAACCACAAGCCGGUGCAAGCCAUCGAGAACCUGCUGGUGCGCAACGGAGCCCUGAACAUCCGCUACAAGGCCAUCCAGAGGAGCCUGUACGACGUGCACAUGCGCAACUGGCUGCGCCACUUCCCCCUGGAGCAGAUCCACAUCGUAGACGGAGACGCCCUGAUCCGAGACCCGUUGCCGGAGCUGCAGAAGGUGGAGCGCUUUCUCAACUUGCCCCCAAGGAUAGUAUCCUCCAACUUCUACUUCAACCAGACCAAGGGGUUUUACUGCAUCAGGAGCGACGGGCGGGAGCGAUGCCUGCACGAGUCUAAAGGACGUCCUCACCCCGCCGUCAACAGCACCGUCCUGCAGCAGCUCCGCUCAUACCUGCAGGAACACAACCGAACCUUCUUCAGGCUGGUGAGGCGCACCUUCGACUGGCAAUAAGUCACCCCCCAGAUCACAAACCAGACUCAAGGGAGCCGCUACCUUGUCUGUGAUGAGGACAAAAAGGGGCCAUAAAGCACUUUACAUUUAGACAUUUAAAAACCCCUUUGAAUAGCCUCUUAUAACUACUGUUGUGAUCUCCGGUUUCAGCAGAGCAGUUCUAUAUUUACAUGAUAAGGCAAAAAAAAAAAUAUGAGAAACUGUAACUAGAGGCGUAAAGAUAAAAUGGAAGAAUCUCCAAGCUUAAUAAGUCAUUCUCUCU